AUGCUACUCUGGAUGGUCGCCACUUUACUCAUCUUCACCGCCAUCCCUGCCACAGCUCUAGACUAUAACGACUACUCCUUGCAAAGAAUUGCACGAGCCCCACAUCCAUCGUCUGCACUCUUGGUGCCAUACCCAAGAGUUGGAAAACGGAGCAACGUUAUGAAGGGUGCACGUCAUCAUGGACCACCGAACUCUGUUCAAAAAAGGCUCUACAUGGCCCGCGUUGGAAAACGAGCAUUCUUCUACACUCCGCGUAUUGGAAAAUGA